GUGAAUUAAUCGGUCGUCGGUGCGUUUUGAUCGCUAUGAAAAGUGGAACAUUAGGCCAAAAACGUGUAAUUAAUUAACGAGAAUGUUGCGCAUCGCUGCUUACAAUUCUGAAUCGAUGAUUCGCAACUUUUCGUUGCUUCAAAUCAGCCGGAAAUUGACUGGAAUUGUCAACAUUCCGAACGCAUUUUCCGCUUCGACUGCUCAGCAUCAACAGCAGAAUCAAUAUGUUGGUAUCGCGAACAGGCAGUUUCUGCAACCUAUCGUUCCAACGUUACAUAAUUCCAGAGGAACUGGCUUCUUCAACAAGCUACCAGCCGAGCAGAUUUGGAAGGGUGUUAUUUCCGUGAGUAAUGCCGGAAAAAAGCGAGGUCGAGGUAAAGGAGCCAAAAGAAUCACCCCAAAGGAUUUGAACAAAGGUCAAACGAUAGGAUUUGGCAAAGCAAAUAUAGUGUGGCCUGGUCUUUCAACACCGAUAAUCCGAGGGCGCGAAUUGGUACAGCAGCAGCAACUGCCAGAGGAUACGGAACGAGAAUCUAAAUUGAAGAAGAUUCGCGAUGAGAUGGUUAAUUUUAAGCGCGUUAAAUUAAGUCCGCUGGAACGCGGUUGGUCUGGUUCAAAAAUGCCCGGAAGAAGCCUCGGGCCCCCGGAUCCAAUUGAUGAGGACCGUUUUGAGGGUUUUGAUACGAAAUGUUUAGAAUUGAAAACUGUUGUAAACAUGAAGGGUAAUCUAGGACGUAAACGCCGAGUGUCGUCUAUGGUUGUGACCGGUAAUGGCAAUGGAUUAGCCGGUUUUGGCUUCGGGAAAGCUAUAGAAAUGAAGGCAGCGCUGAGACAGGCGAAAAACCGUGCAGGGCAGAAACUAAUGUAUUUCGAGCUUUGCAAUGGUCACACGGUGUUUCACGAUUUUUUUUGUUCGUUUGGCGCUACUAAGAUAUUCGUAGAACGUAAACCGGAAGGUUACGGAUUGAAAUGCCACCGUGCAAUCAAAACCGUCUGCGAAGUGCUUGGAAUAAAAGAUCUUCGGGCUAAAUGCGAAGGAUCGACGAAUGUGCAGCACGUUGUGAAAGCUUUUUUCAUCGGAAUGCUUAAACAGAAAAAUCAUCAGCAGAUAGCCGAAUCAAAGGGGUUGCACGUCGUCGAGCUAAGACCGGAAAAUCGCAAUUUCCCCAAAGUCGUAGCUAGUCCAUCCGUUUGCCGUACCGAGUCAGAGUUGGAGAGCAACGAAAUUCUUGACUACACACACUUUUGUAUGGACGGUAAGAUUCAGUUGAAGAAAAAAAAGUUUCCUCCAUUCUACACAAAAUAUCGUUCGUGGGAGAUAUAUCUGAAAAAACAGGAAUAUCUCAGGAAUCAAGAUAAAGUGCGCCUUCGGAUGUUGGCAGAAUCGGGAAGUAUUUGCAGUUUUAUGACUGAAAAGUAUCCCGAAUGCAAAAUGGGACCUGCUCCAAAAGAAGAAUAGAAAUGAUAACGUGUAGCGCGUAAAAAAAUUGGAAAAAUAAAUAAAAUUCAAAAUAA